AUGGGAUAUGAUGCACUUUCCAGUGUGCCACGUGUAGAGUUUUGCCUGAGAGGAAGUCCUUGUUUUCUGGUGGUAUUUCUUGACCUUGAGUGGAUUGCAGGUGACAUUGGAGAAUUGCAGCCUAAUGGAGCAAUGAAAAUUAUGGAUAGGAAAAAGAAUAUAUUUAAACUGUCUCAAGGUGAAUAUGUUGCUGUGGAAAACAUUGAAAGCAAAUACCUGCGAUGCCCUCUUAUCACAUCGAUUUGGGUUUAUGGGAACAGCUUUGAGUCGUUUCUUGUUGCUGUGGUGGUCCCUGACAGAAAGGCAUUGGAGGAUUGGGCAGCGGAGCAUCAUUUGACCGAUGAUUUUAAAUCAUUAUGUCAAAACCUGAAGGCAAGAAAGUACAUUUUGGAUGAGCUCAAUAGUGUUGGUCAGAAGCAGCAACUUCGAGGUUUUGAGCUGUUCAAAGCAUCACUGUUGAAGGUGCAUGGUUUCCUGCUCAAAAAGUGGAAGGAAGCUGUACUGCUCCUUCUAGUGGCCUUGACCUUUGUGCUUGUCAACGUAUAG